CUUUGGAACGCUCUCGCGAGGCUAUUUCCAGUCAUGCCAAUGCAGCUCCUAUCUACUUGAGUGGAGAAAGACCAAAAUCUCAAAAAGAAAGUACAAAACAAGAAAAUAUAAACUAUCUGAAAUGCAGACAGAAGACAAACAAAAAAAGAGUGGAACCUCCAAUUUGAAGCCUCGUUGCAGUAAUGCUGACAGGUUUUAUUGUGAGAGUCCUGUCAGCAAUAUUACUGAAUACACUGAACUUAUGGACUGGCUACCGAAUGGUCAUUCUUACCACGUGUGCAAAUAUUUGGCUGUAGGACAUUCCAACAAGCCUACAGACUUUGAGGCCAUUAUACGAAUUUCACUGAAAACAGCAGAUGAAGUAAAAGAGUGGGUAAAGUCCAUGCCAGUGACAUGGAGGAUUGACCAUACUAGACCAACAAAAGGACAAAAGAUCAUUUUUAAAGCAGAUUACAGGUGCCAUCAUAACACCAAGCCCAGGGGAUCACCUAGAGAUGAUAAAUCAUCUAAAAACACCAACUGUCCUGCAAAAAUGAAAAUCAGCCUUCUGCGCACUGAGGUGUACCAUGGACGGAAGAGCAGAAGUACUGAUCCUCAUGUGCCAGACUACCCCACAAUUGUGACCAUAUCCAGCAUUCACAAUCAUAUCAUCAGUAUAGGUGAUGCUAUGUGUCAUAUUGAUGUCUUAAAGCCAAGCAAUGACCUUCCAGAAAUACAUGAACAAGCAGCAGAUGAUGACCUCAGUGAGAGAGAAUCAGUGAAAGAAACUGGAGAUUGUCAAGAGUGGGAUACCAUGUGCCAAGAGUUGUCUGCUAUGGUGCGGACUCAGAAGGAAUUGCGAGGAGCAGCAUCAGAAUUCAUAAAGUCGUUUAACAGAAUUAAACACAACCCAUCUUUGCUGUCUUCAGCUUUACAUUUGUUUGGCCACCAUGAAGCUACAAACCACAGAUCUGUCCGAGCUCUCCAGCGGGCCUCCAAGCAUACCAGGCCAAUCGUAGCAUCACAGCCAUCUUCAGUUGCUCAUCAAAGGAGAAGACAUAGAAUAUCUGCUGGAAGACCUUUAAAAAACACAACUAGCCAAGAUCAUCGCUAUAGCUAUGCCAAGAACUGUAGGGAGUUGCGGUCUUGCACACACAGUGUAGAUGUGCCACAGCAACCCUAAAUGAUGCUGAUGACUUUUUAGUUGCGUCAAAAUUAUUGUGUAGAUUUUAAAAUGUGAAAAGUCUAUAUUAAAAUUUCAACACUGCAGUACAUUUAUUUUGUGACUGAUAAACCUAUAUGGCAACUUGUUGUGUUUGGCUGCAUUUCAACCCUGUUGGGUCCUCAGUGCCUGUUAUGUGGUUUGUGGACAUUUACUCAACUUUUUAAUAUUGUGGAGUGUUACAUAUUGGUGGCCCGUACGGGGACUACGUGCUGUUUCUUUUUGUUAUAGUGGGUUUUUUUUGUGUCCAUAAAUAUGGAGGAAGAGACACACGUAAAUGGAGGAGUAAUUAAUCAGAAUCUAAAUACUGAUGAAACUGAUGUAAAUGAGUUAAGGUGUAGCUCUGAUGAAGCUCAAGCAGCUGAUUUCACUGCAGGCCCAUGUAACCAGAUGUAAUCCAGCAGCUGAAAUAACAUCUAUGCUGAGUUCAUUGUAUAUUUCUGAUGAUGAUGAUGAUGAUAAAAGAGAUGUAGUGAAUGUAAAUGUUGUACAAACAAUGCAA